CUGAGAGAGCUGGACCUGAGCUACAAUCACCCAGGACACUCAGGAGUGAAGCUGUUCUCUGCUGUACUGGAGGAUCCCAGCUGUAAACUGGAGAAGCUGAAUGUGGACCACAUUGGAAAGUGCCGGACCAGACCAGGGAUCCACCUAUACUCCUGCCAGCUGACGCUGGACCCCAACACAGCACACAGAGACCUGUCUAUGUCAGAAGGGAACAGGAAGGUGACAAAUUGGGCAAAGGACCAACAAUAUCCUGAUCAUCCAGAGAGAUUUGAUUGCUGGCCCCAAGUUCUGUGCACAGAGAGUCUUACUGGUUGCUAUUACUGGGAGGCUGAGUGGGAUGGAGAUGGAGCCCGGAUAGGAGUGACUUAUAAAGGAAUUAGGAGGAAAGGAGGGAGUGCAGACUGUGUGCUUGGAAACAAUGACAAGUCAUGGAGUCUGUGCUGUGAAACUCACAGUUACUCUGUCCUGCACAAUAAUAAACGGACUUUCAUACCCAUACAGCCCUCAGAUUCACACAAAGUAAGAGUGUAUCUGGACUGGGUGGCUGGUACUCUGUCCUUCUACAGAGUCUCCUUUGAUGGACUGACCCUCCUGUACAGCUUCACCUCCACAUUCACGGAAGCCCUGCAUCCAGCCUUUUAUGUUAAUCAGUACUCAUCAGUGUCCUUUUGAAUGCUGUAAUAGCUCACUGUUUUGUUGGAGGAAUCAUUUUUACUUCAUCAGAGGGUGAGAUGUUGCUGGAUGUCCAAGAUAUACUUCUGCUUUUUAACCUGUAUAAACCUUUUUGCAACAAAAUGUGAUGAAUGUUUGACAAAAAUAAAUGACUAGGUUCGGCGAGCGUAACAAACAUGCUAUAUACAGUGGUGCCUUGGAACACAAACUUAAUUCGUUCCAGAAGGCUGGUUGAUUUGCAAUUUUUUCGAGGGCCAAGUUCAAUUUUCCCAUAUGAAAUAAUGUAAAUGACUUUAAUCCGUUCCAGACCCCCAAAUGAUUGUCUAUUUAAGCAUAUCUACCUACAUAACUAAUGAUAAAAAGCAUUAACAAUCAAUAUAAAGCUAAUGCACACAUGAAAAAGCAAUAAACAUGAAAUAAAUGACAAUCCCACACCCCGCAGUGAGAGCAGACACAUGUGCACCACCUUCAGUAUGGAAAAUGCUAUUAAAAAAUGCAGGGAGUCAUAAA